AUGUUAAAGAUAGUCCUUAUCAUAGCCCUGGUGGGUUCUGUAUACCCUCAAGAUGAUAAGGAUUUGGAUUCAGUGAUCGAGUCUAUAUUCGGCAAGCCAUCUUCCACGGAAGCUCCCUUCAUCAAUGUGAAGAAACCUUCAACAAUAGUACCUCCAGUCAACAAACAAGAUACAGAGAAUCAGCCGUGUCAGACUGAAGAUGGUAAGGAGGGUCGCUGUCUGAGAUACUUCCUGUGUAACUCAAACAACACAGCCAUAGAUGACGGAGUAGGCAUCAUAGAUAUAAGAGUUCAGGCAGAUCAAUGCAGUUCCUACUUGGACGUGUGUUGUAAUGUGCCUGACGUGAGACCACCAGAUAAUCCAAUCACACCAAAACCACCGAAAAUCAGGGAAAGUUGCGGAUGGAGGAAUCCCGAGGGUAUUGGCUUCAAGACGAUCGGUGAUGUUGAUGGGGAGAGCAAGUUCGGAGAAUUCCCCUGGAUGGUCGCGAUACUUAAAAUCGAAGCUGUUAACGAAGCUAGUCCUGAUAGCCAGAAGCUCAACGUGUACGUCGGAGGCGGCUCAUUAAUACAUCCCAGUGUUGUUUUAACAACAGCACACACAGUCGCAGCUGUGCCGUCACUUAAAGUUCGCGCUGGGGAAUGGGAUACACAGACGUCCAAGGAAAUCUACCCGUUCCAAGAUAGAGAUGUGGAUUCUAUAGUCAUACAUAAAGACUACAAUCAUGUCAAAAAGAACCUUUUCUACGACAUCGCUCUACUAUUUCUCUCUUCGCCAAUGGAUACCAAUAUUCCCAACGUGGGCCUGGCCUGUCUUCCGCCUCCAAGGCUUGUCACUCCUGGUGGCGUAAGAUGCUUCGCCAGCGGCUGGGGUAAAGACAAAUUCGGCAAGGAAGGUCGCUACCAGGUCAUAUUGAAGAAGUUGCAAUUGCCGGUGGUUGAAAGGCAGCAGUGUCAGAAACAGCUUCGGAACACACGCCUGGGACCGUUCUUCCAACUACACAGCUCAUUCAUGUGCGCUGGAGGCGAAGAGGGCGUUGACACCUGCAAAGGUGACGGUGGCUCGCCUUUAGUGUGCCCGAUCGAGAACGAACAAGGACGCUACGUGCAAACCGGCAUGGUCGCGUGGGGAAUAGGUUGUGGCGAAAACGGUACACCAGGAGUAUACGUAGACGUAGCCAACCUUAGAGAUUGGAUUGAUGACAAAAUUAUAGGAAAAGGAUUGGAUACGAAAGUCUAUACAUACUAA